AUGUUUGCAUUCACCAGAACAGUUCCAAGAUCUCAAUUGAGUCUUGCAGUCAGAAAUUCGCUCAGAACUUAUGUGUCCAUUGGUGAUAAGGUACCAGCAACACCAGUUUUUGAAGGUUCACCAGGUAAUGACGUUAAUCUUGCCGAAGAAACAGCAACUGGAAAGACAAUUUUAAUUGGUGUUCCAGGGGCUUUCUCCCCAGCAUGUUCAUCUUCACAUGUUCCAGGAUAUAUCAAGAAUAUUCGUGCCUUUAAUGACAAAGGCUACCAAAGAUUUUUUGUCGUUGCAGUCAAUGAUCCGUUUGUGACAAAAGCUUGGGGCGAGCAAUUAUUGGAAUCGGUAGCUGGUCAACAAAUAAGAUUUUUUGCUGAUUCAACUGGUGCUUUUACAAAGGAGCUUGAUUUGUUGUUUGAUGCCAGAAAAGCUUUUGGUAACGAGAGGUCUAAAAGGUACGCUUUAAUCAUCGAAGAUGGGAAAGUCGUCAAAAGCUUUGUUGAACCAGACAACACAUCUGUUGAUGUAUCUGCUGCUCAAAAGGUCUUGGAAGAAGCUUGA